CGGAGAUAAUAUUUUUUAAUCAAUUUUUUGCUAGAAUUUUCUCACAUCAAAAGUUAAAAAAAGAAAAGGUAAUAAGCAUUCAAUUAUCAUUCUCAUCUGUCGGUCAAUACAAGAUACACUGCCUGCCAAACAAAUGCGAAGAGAAAAAAGAGCACAGGUGAUCUACAUAUGCUUUGGAAGCAUGUCAAACUUCACGGCUUCGCAACUACGCGAGCUUGCAAUGGGCCUAGAGGCGUCCGGGCACCAAUUCAUAUGGGUGGUGCGGAAGGGGAAAGACGACGAAGGAUGGCUCCCGGAAGGAUACGAAGAGAGGGUGGAAGGGAAAGGGCUGAUCGUGAGAGGGUGGGCCCCGCAGGUGCUGGUUCUCGACCACGGCUCCACCGGCGCGUUCAUGACGCACUGCGGCUGGAACUCGACGCUGGAGGGGAUAUGCGCGGGUGUGCCCAUGGUGACGUGGCCUCUCUACGCCGAGCAGUUCUUCAACGAGAAGCUGGUGUGUCAGGUGCUGGAGGUUGGGGUAGGGGUUGGGGCGAAAGAGUGGAGCCGGGUGACGGACGGCGUGAAGGGCGAGGACGUGGCGGAGGCGGUGAAGAGAGUCAUGUCCGGUGUGGAAUCGGAGGAGUUAAGGGGGCGGGCUAGAAGGUUGAAGGAAAAAGCGCUCAGAGCUAUAGAGCCAGGCGGUUCCUCCAUCUCUUCUUUGGACUCCCUCUUGCACGACUUGACCACCUAUAAACCUUCUCCCAAGCGAAAGCCACUCACUGGGUACGAAGAGGUGCUAAGGAAGGCCAACCAGUAUGCACAGACGAAAGCAGAAGAGACCAGGACGAAUGAUGCAUCCGAUGGCAAACCUACUGCUAAAGCAAAACAUGGAGGCAAAGGGAAUGCGUCGGCCAUCAAGGAGAAGGGUGUGGGGUCCAGUAACCUAAUGUCCCCUAGGGAUCUCACCGCGAUAACCAUGCAUGUUGCCCAGAUUUAUGAGCAAAUCAAGAAGUUGGACGUGUUGGUGCCCCCUACGGAGACCGGUCGGACCCUAGGCAAAGGCUUGGAUAGAUUUGGUCGUUAUCACAAGGCACACUGUCAUGACACAGAUAACUAGAGAGGCCUCCGACUAGCCAUCAAAGACCUCAUGACCAGCGAUACCUGAGAAGUUUCGUCCUGAGCAGUGAAGCCUUGGCCCAAAACAAGGUAACGCCUGGAGAUAGGAACCUC